CGUCCCGGAAACAUGGCUGCCGCUGCGGGUGUGGAGGGUUUGUUGAUCGACGUGGCCGGUGCGCGAUCCCCUAGUGUGGUCAAGGAACAUGACCAGGGCAGCCAGAGAUAUUGGAAAAGAACUGAGAAGAGACAGUGGGUGUUGGCAUAUUUCAUUGGCAAUGCUAUCCUGUAUGCCUCCCGGGCCGCCAUGCCAGUCUGUGUACCUGCCAUAGCGAAGGAGUUCAGCUGGGAUAAAACUGUGUCUGGCUCUGUUCUGUCAGUGUUUUUCUGGGGCUAUGCAUCAACUCAGGUGUUGGGAGGCUACCUUAGUGACAGGUUUGGAGGUGAGGUUAUCUCCAUGGUGGCUGCUGUAGGCUGGGCCACCAUCACCCUGCUGUACCCACAGCUUCUGUACCUCUUCAGCUCCCACGACACCUGCAUCAGGUUUGUCAUCCUGUGCAGAAUCCUCCAUGGGGCAUGUCAGGGUAUGCACUAUCCGUCCUUUACUAGCCUUCUGGCCCAUCGCAUCAGAGAAACAGAGCGUGCCCUGGCUUACAGCAUAGUUAGUGCAGGCUCACUCUUUGGGGCACUGUUGAUGGGGUGUUUUGGCUCAAUAGUACUGGUGCACUUGGGAUGGCACACUGUCUUCUACACAACAGGCGUGGCUGGUCUCCUGUGGGCAGCCGUCAUGAGAAUAUUCUUUGUGCGCAGAAAAAACAUUGUGUCCAUAAAAAGCCUGAACGGUUCCAAUGAUGAGAAAAAGAGGCCACAUUUGCCCUGGAGAAUACUCUGUAGAAAAACAGCAUUUCUCUCUGCAAUUGUUGCCCAUGUAUGUAACAACAACUUGUUCUUCAUCAUGUUCUCCUGGAUGCCAACAUACUUCCAUGAAACUUACCCGGACCAGAAGGGUUGGAUCUUUAAUGUGGUGCCAUGGUUGGUGUCCAUGCCAGGCAGUGUGCUGUCAGGGUGGAUAGCUGAUUCCUUGAUAAGAAAAGGAACAAAUGUUACACUUACAAGAAAGAUUGUUGAGAUCGUAGGUAUGGGAGGACCAGUUAUUUGUUUACUCCUGACAGACUACACAGACAGCUUUGUCCUGGCGUUGAUGGCUGUCUCCAUGGGGAUGUUCAGCCAGGCCUUCCACAACAGCGGCGUGCUCGUGGUGCCGCAGGAUAUCGCACCCUCGUUUGCAGGGGCUGUCUUUGGUGUCAUGAAUAUGCUGGGUGCCAUUCCAGGUGUUGUUGGUGUGUACCUGGCUGGUCACAUCCUGGAGCUAACAGGCAGCUGGGCAGCUGUCUUCCACAUGACGGCUGUUAUCAACACCUUCGGCCUGCUGGUGUUCUUGAUGUACGGAUCAGCUGAGAGAAUAGUGUGAGGCUGAAACAAGACUGGAGAAGAACAAACACUGAUAUUUCUUAGGUCCCUUUCCACAAUACAGCAAUCACUGAGAAAACGAAAUUAAGAUUGUGACCCUUGAUUUUCAAAUUGAAACAUAAUGCACAAUGCAAAAGUAUGAUUUGAAAUACAACAAAAUAUGCAAAGUUUGUACUUUAUCUAUGAAAUUGGUUGAGUGAUCAGUUUUGAUCGUCAGCCUCUAGUGGAAAGAUGGUGUAAUCAGUGUUCUCCCCAGCCUUUUAUAGACUUUCUUACAAUAUUGAGAAAGAUCCAUGUCUUUGCACCUCUACACAUUCCAUGAUGUACAGUUGUUGUACAUGUACGUGCAAUAAGUGAUAAUAGACCAAUCCUGACUGUCCAUCACAAUUAGCAGUUCAACCAAUGAUAUCAUGGCAAUUCAGGGUUUGACCAAUGAAAGAGUGGCCACAUGUCCAUCAAAUAUUUGCAUUUCUACAUUUUGAAGGAGGUGGCCUGGGCUAGGGAAUCAGUUUGUUGUACACUGCCUAAAAUU